UCUUCGACCCGAUCAGGUACCUUUUUAACUGUCUAAUUCACACUCCGAUAUCCGAACCAAGUAUAUACCGAUUGCCAUUCAUUCCUAUAUUAUUUGGUUGUAAAAUCUAAAUUGGUCCUUGAACUUGUAUGAGAUAUUGAAAUUUCUUCCCAAACUUUAAUAAUUAGUUGCAAAUUUGUUGUUUUUUCCGGGGAUUUCUCUAUGCCCCUGCCUUGGCAGUUGAGAUAUGAAGAAAGAUUCUCUCAAACACCAAAAAUCUCUCUCUCUCUCUCUCUUCUUGUUGUUGUAAUUUUCAUUUUUUUUUCUUAGGCAUGCAAAAACCCCACAAAAUAAUUCCUUAAUUCUUCCUCAAAGGCAUUCUACCUUGAUAUCUCCUUCACCCAACAUCUAAUUUCUCUUUAUCGGGAUACUUUGUUCAUCGGUUUUUUCAAAUAAUAAGAAUAUGGGGAGCUGUUGUUCCCAAGAGAGCAACCCGGAACCAACACAGAACGAGGCGAAAGUGGAAGCACCGCCAACAGGACCGGGUCCAUCUCAAAGGGAGCCAAUCCCAGCCCCGCCAGCUGAAGUAAAACCACCACCACAACCAGCCGCUACUCAAAACCAAAACCAGCCUCAGCAACAACAACAACCACAACAACAGCCAACGAAACCCGCGGCUGCAAAACCGGCCCAAAUAGGGCCGGUUUUAGGACGCCCAAUGGAGGACAUCAGGUCAAUUUACACGGUGGGUAAAGAACUAGGGCGAGGACAAUUUGGGGUGACACAUUUAUGCACAAAUAAGACGACGGCAGAACAGUUUGCAUGCAAGACGAUAGCCAAAAGGAAACUUGUAAAUAAAGAGGACGUUGAGGAUGUUCGAAGAGAGGUUCAAAUAAUGCAUCAUUUAACGGGGCAACCCAAUGUUGUGGAAUUGAAAGGAGCUUUCGAAGAUAAGCAUUCGGUUCAUUUGGUAAUGGAACUUUGUGCUGGCGGGGAGCUUUUCGAUAGGAUUAUCGCUAAAGGUCAUUACACCGAAAGGGCUGCCGCUUCUUUAUUGAGGACCAUUGUACAAAUUGUUCAUACUUGUCAUUCCAUGGGUGUUAUUCAUAGAGAUCUUAAGCCCGAAAAUUUCUUGUUGUUGAAUAAAGAUGAGAAUUCUCCUCUUCAAGCUACAGAUUUUGGUCUCUCCGUUUUCUACAAGCAAGGAGAAUUAUUUAAAGAUAUAGUGGGGAGUGCAUAUUAUAUAGCACCAGAAGUAUUGAGAAGAAAAUAUGGUCCAGAAGUAGACAUUUGGAGUGUUGGUGUGAUGCUCUAUAUUCUUCUUUGUGGAGUUCCUCCAUUUUGGGCAGAAUCGGAGAAUGGGAUCUUCAACGCAAUCUUGAAAGGGCACGUGGAUUUCACGAGCGAUCCUUGGGUUUCGAUUUCUCCGGGAGCCAAGGAUCUUGUUAGGAAGAUGUUGAACUCGGAUCCCAAACAAAGGUUAACCGCGUUUCAAGUUCUCAAUCAUCCAUGGAUCAAAGAGGAUGGAGAUGCACCUGAUACACCUCUAGAUAAUGCUGUUAUGGAUAGGCUCAAACAGUUUAGUGCAAUGAACAAGUUCAAAAAAGUCGCUCUUCGGGUUAUUGCCGGAUGCUUAUCAGAAGAAGAAAUUAUGGGAUUGAAACAAAUGUUCAAAGGAAUGGACACAGAUAAUAGUGGCACAAUAACACUUGAGGAGCUAAAACAAGGGCUUGCAAAACAAGGAACAAAGUUAUCAGAAUAUGAAGUCAAACAAUUGAUGGAAGCUGCCGAUGCGGAUGGAAAUGGAACGAUCGAUUAUGACGAAUUCAUUACAGCGACGAUGCAUUUGAACAGAAUGGACCGAGAAGAACAUAUUUACACAGCAUUCCAAUACUUCGACAAAGACAACAGCGGGUACAUUACUAUAGAGGAAUUGGAGCAAGCCCUUAGAGAGUUUGGCAUGAACGAUAAUAAGGAUAUAAAGGAGAUCAUUUCCGAAGUUGACGCUGAUCAUGAUGGACGUAUUAAUUAUGAUGAGUUCGUAGCUAUGAUGAGAAAGGGUAAUCCGGAAGUAACACAAAAUCCUAAAAAACGGCGUGAUGUAAUUGUUUAGAGACAAAAAUGAAAACAUCUCCAAUAUUAACUUACAAAAACCCUAAUGUUGUUGUCUAUGAACUAUCAAAUAGAAGGAUACAUAAGACACAAGUGUAUGUCAUUAAGAGAACUUCAAUGAGAUCAAUGUAAUUCUAAGACAAGGGUAUGUAAGAACAUGGGUCAGGCACAUGGUGUAGAAGGAUUUGGUUUCAUUUUUACCUUAGAGAGGGUUUUUUAGGUUUUUUUUUUUAUAAAACCCUAUUAGAAUUUAGUGUUUGUUCAAUUCGUUUAGAUUUUUUCUUUCAAUAGGGCUUCAUUUUU